AAGGUCGGCCCUAGCUCUUAGUGGCGUGAACGCCGUUGGCUGCCUCUUGCCUAUUGUCUUAUGACCUCGCCUCUAGUGAUUAGCUCGGUUCUGCCAGAAUGACUAAGUCUCUUUCGGUAAUAAUUUUCUUGCAAGUUGUAAGCAGUGUUUUCCCGAAGGAUUUACCUGAUUACAUAGAAGUAUGCAAGCGCGAUCAGAGCACUAUCAAUGCGUGCGUUCGCAAAUCCAUCGAGAGGCUGCGACCGAAGCUAGCUGAAGGCAUACCAGAGUUUGAGGUGCCGCCCAUAGAACCCUUCUACAUUCCCGAGUUGAUCGUGGACAGCGGCAACCUCAUCCAAUUCCACGCGGUCGGCAAGGAUGUGCAGGUGUCCGGCGCGGGAAACUUCUCUAUUAAAAAUGUCGACGUGGACCUGGAGUCGCUGCGCAUCAGCGCGCGCGUGCGCUUCCCGCGGCUGCACUUCGCCGGCCGCUACGUGCUGGACGCGCGCCUGCUCGUGCUGCCGCUGCACGGCGCCGGCACCAUCGUCGCUGACGCCAUAAAGUGCGACACGGAGAUAGUGCUGCACUCGCAGCUGGUGGAGCGCGCGGGCGUCGAGUACAUCCAGUUCUCGGCGCUGGACGUGCGCCUCGACGUGCGCGACUACCGCGUGCGCCUCGACGGCCUCUUCGACGGCAACAAGGCGCUGGGCGAUGCGGCGAACGAAGCCAUCAACCAAAGCCGGGAGGAGAUCCUCCGCGCCACGAAGCCGUACGCCGAGCGGACCGUCUCCAAGCUCUUCCUCGACACCGCCAACAAGAUCGCCAACAUCUUCCCCUUGGACCAGCUCAUACCCAAGUAGCUGCCGCAACGAGUAGUACAGUCACCGGCAUAAAUAUGUCAUGAUUUUGACCUUGUCAGAUUAACGUCUUGAAAUGUCAUACGAAAUUGUCAAACGAUUUAAAGCGACAAGGUACAUAAAUCAUCACUUAUUUAUGCUGGUGACGGUACUUAUCCAUAGCUGGUCAAACAACUUUCUUACUACAAAAAGGCACCAAAUAUUAAUUUUGUAUAAGAAGAUAAACAUUCGCGACUACAGUUUUUCAAUUCAGCCGUUUUUUCUUGUGAUGGAAAUGGCUUAGCUAUACUUUACUUAAUUAUAGGCAAUUUUUUAUUAAAAGUAAAACCCUGUAUAUUUUAAUAAAGUUUAAGAACAAAA